UUUUUUUUUGGAUGAUCUUGUAAGGCACUGGAGCUAACGGAAUUGCAAGGAACCGUGUGCUUACGACACACCCUACGCAUGCAUCAAUUUUGGGGCUCAACGCCUUGCUUGUUGACUCUCCAUCAUCCUUGAUGGAGAAUUUCGCUGUCGAAACAAUCUCGGUUAUUUGUCAGGGCGUGACAAAUAAAGAUAACUUCAUUGCCGACAACAGUGUUCUGGCCGCUGGAAAAUACCUGUUGAUCGAAGAUGAGCAUCGCAAUUUUGAGAAUAACAAGGCUAUUUUCGAAGCUUUGGCACCGUGCAUUCAGCCAGGAGCACCCUCCGACACGCGUCGUUUGGCGCUGGUUGUUAUGCGGACGGUCAGCCGUCUUCAUCCAGAGUUGACUCGGCCCCAUCUGGCUCUGCUUGCGCCACCAAUCUUCGCCAGCGUUCGCGACAUGGUUAUCCCCGUGAAAUUGGCGGCCGAGGCUGCCUUCUUGGCCAUCUUCUCAGUCGUGGAGUCAGAGAGUGCCGUAUUUGAUAAGUAUAUGACUGGGCCCGGGGCCGAGCUUGCCCCAGGACCUAAACGAAGUAUGUCGGACUACUUCAAACGAAUUGCGCUACGUCUGGCUAGCCAAUCUCGGGAACGCAAGGAAGCUGAGGGUGGCCAAGGAGGCCUGGGUCUCUCCAACGACGAAGUGGAGGAUGAGAAAGAGUUGUGGAGUAUCGGAAAGGUGGAUUUGGAGGGAGGUCCCGUGGAUGAUUGAUUGUUAUGGUAGUUCUAUUCUGCAACGCUGUAUGAACUAGAUCUAUACCCCGAUUUGUAUGUAGUUGCUGUUGUCGUCUGUCGGGAGGAUGACUGGUUUGGCUAUAGUUGUCUAUAUGAGAAAGGGAAACAAAAACCAAAAAGAAGUGAAGAUAGGUGAGUAGAUAUGACGACGAUGACGAUGUGACCAAUGCAUGAUUUUCUUCUUU